ACAGUUUGUCUGAAAAUAAUACUAAAGCCAAAUAAAUAUCUUCAUUUGCGCAGAGAGAGAGACGGCGCGUGAUGAUCAACCCGUAAAACCAUCGGCGACUUUUAUCCUCUUCCUCCGCCGUCGCCGCCGUGUUCGAAUCGCAAGCGUCGGAAGCUAAUCGUAAGAUUUGGGAGGAGAUGGCGUCAAACGGGGAUCUGGACCGUCAGAUCGAGCAGCUGAUGGAGUGUAAGCCGUUGGCUGAAGGGGACGUGAAGAUCCUAUGCGAUCAAGCCAAGGCCAUUCUCGUUGAGGAAUGGAAUGUUCAACCGGUUAAGUGUCCGGUUACCGUAUGCGGCGAUAUACACGGCCAGUUCUAUGACCUAAUCGAGCUCUUCCGUAUCGGUGGUAACCCGCCUGAUACUAAUUACCUCUUCAUGGGUGAUUACGUAGAUCGUGGCUACUACUCAGUUGAAACAGUCUCCCUAUUGGUGGCACUGAAGGUGCGUUACAGAGACAGACUCACGAUCCUGCGCGGUAAUCAUGAGAGUCGUCAAAUUACACAAGUAUAUGGUUUUUAUGACGAGUGCUUGAGGAAAUACGGCAAUGCAAACGUGUGGAAGCAUUUUACGGACCUCUUUGAUUACCUACCUCUUACAGCACUUAUUGAGAGUCAGGUUUUCUGUUUACAUGGAGGGCUUUCACCUUCUCUGGAUACCCUUGACAAUAUCCGAAGCUUGGAUCGCAUACAGGAGGUUCCACACGAAGGACCAAUGUGCGAUUUACUCUGGUCUGAUCCAGACGACCGUUGUGGUUGGGGAAUAUCUCCCCGUGGUGCUGGUUACACAUUUGGACAGGACAUUGCGACUCAAUUUAAUCAUAAUAAUGGACUGAGUUUGAUAUCAAGAGCGCAUCAACUUGUAAUGGAAGGCUUUAAUUGGUGUCAGGAGAAGAACGUGGUUACAGUGUUUAGUGCACCAAACUACUGUUACAGAUGUGGAAACAUGGCAGCAAUACUUGAGAUUGGAGAGAAGAUGGAGCAGAACUUCCUUCAGUUCGAUCCAGCACCGAGACAGGUCGAACCUGAUACCACUCGCAAGACUCCUGAUUAUUUUUUGUGAUUUUCUUUCCACUUCAAUUUUUCAUUUUUAUUUUUUAAGUUCCAAAGUUUGUUUGUUGCUGUAUCAUUGUAGUAGAUGUGUCUCUUUGUUUCAUUUUGUUUGGCGAUGGAUGUUCUAGCCCCAGAUGUUGGGAUAUGUUUGAUAAACGCCGAAAUGUACUUUGCAUAAUUGCAAGUGAAUCGCACAUGAGUGAUCGUUUCCAUUA